AUGUUUUAUUUUACUUUUUUAGUUUUAAUUGGGUUAGUUUUAGGUUUGGUGGGGGUAGCUUCGAAUCCUGCUCCUUAUUUCGCGGCCUUGGGGUUGGUUGUGGCAGCUGCGGUGGGGUGUGGUAUUUUGGUUGGGCAUGGUGGAUCUUUUCUUUCUUUAGUUUUAUUUUUGAUUUAUCUUGGUGGGAUGUUGGUGGUGUUUGCUUAUUCUGCGGCAUUAGCUGCAGAGCCUUAUCCUGAGACAUGGGGGGAUUGGUCAGUGUUGUUUUAUGUAGUGGUUUAUAUUGCGGGGGUUUUAGUUGUGGGUGGUUUGGUGGGGGGUGACUGGUAUUCGUAUUCUUGGGUGGUUGUUGAUGAGUUUAAGGAUUUGUCCUUGCUUCGGGGGGAUUUUAGUGGGGUGGCACUUAUGUAUUCUUUGGGGGGGGCGAUGUUAGUGGUGUCGGGGUGGGUAUUGUUGUUGACUUUGUUUGUGGUGUUGGAGCUUACUCGGGGGCUCAGUCGGGGGGCUCUUCGUGCUGUUUAG